CUCCAUUUCCAAAUCCUUAAAUCCUUUCUCUCUCUUCUUCUUUGUUUUUAUUUCUAAUUCAAAUUUCAGUCUCUGCUUCUCUACACCCACAGAGAGCAAAGGAAAUGUUGAAUCCGGCGAACGAUCUGUUCUCGACGCCGUCUUCUCCGACGAAUUCAUUCAUUUCCUCCUCCGAUCUCGACACUGAGUCUACAGGUUCCUUCUUCCAUGACAGGAGCACCAGCUUGGGGACUUUAAUGGGGGUGAGCUUCCCUGCGAUUGCCUUCCGAGUCUCCUCCCAGAGCCGAGGCCACCACGCCGCUGCGGCGGCGACAGCUGACGUUUCCCGCAAGAGCAAAAAGCCAAAGAGAAAAACGACGACGGCGCCGGGGCUAGUCUCUGAUCGGAAGCGGAAGUGGUGGCAGCUGUGCAGGGACGACGGUGUUAAACCGGCAUCUCUGGGUGACUUUCUUGAGGUGGAACGGAGAUUUGGGGAUGGUGCUUUUUACGGCAAUGCGGUGGAUCUAGAAGGCGUGGUUACGGCGGAUCAACGGAGGAGUGGUCGGAAUUUGUUCGCCGACGGGAGAGUUCUUCCGCCUGCGCCAACGGAGGAAGAAGCAUCGGCAGGCGCGGCUCUCCGCCGAUUUUCAUUAUCGCUCACCGGAAUUUGCAGCGGCGGUGCCGGCUAAAAUUUGGGAUUUGAUUUGUCCUGUUUAUUUAAAUAUAAUAUAUUACAUUUAAUCAAUCAAAUGGUUUAAUUAUUACUAUGAAGAAUUUUGAAAUAAAAAAUGUAACUUUUUUCGUGU